GCUCCACGAGGAAAUCAUCGACUUUUACAACUUCAUGUCCCCUUGUCCUGAAGAAGCGGCCAUGAGGAGAGAGGUGGUGGGACGGAUCGAGACUGUGGUCAAGGACCUCUGGCCCGCGGCCGAUGUGCAGAUAUUUGGCAGCUUUAGUACUGGUCUCUAUCUUCCCACUAGUGACAUCGACUUAGUGGUCUUUGGAAAAUGGGAGCGGCCUCCUCUCCAGCUGUUGGAGCAGGCCCUGCGGAAGCACAACGUGGCCGAGCCGGGCUCCAUCAAAGUCCUGGACAAAGCUACCGUACCAAUAAUAAAACUCACAGACCAGGAGACUGAAGUUAAAGUUGACAUCAGCUUCAACAUGGAGACUGGUGUCCGGGCAGCGGAGUUCAUCAAGAAUUAUAUGAAGAAGUAUUCAUUGCUGCCUUACCUGAUUUUAGUGUUGAAACAGUUCCUCCUGCAGAGGGACCUGAACGAAGUUUUUACCGGUGGAAUCAGCUCGUACAGCCUCAUUUUAAUGGCCAUCAGCUUUCUGCAGUUGCAUCCGAGAAUCGAUGCCCGGAGAGCUGACGAAAACCUUGGAAUGCUUCUCGUAGAAUUUUUUGAACUCUAUGGAAGAAAUUUUAAUUACUUGAAAACUGGUAUUAGAAUUAAAGAAGGAGGUGCCUAUAUUGCCAAAGAAGAGAUCAUGAAAGCCAUGACCAGCGGGUACAGACCGUCGAUGCUGUGCAUUGAGGACCCCCUGCUGCCUGGGAAUGACGUCGGCCGAAGCUCCUAUGGGGCCAUGCAGGUGAAGCAGGUGUUUGACUACGCCUACAUCGUGCUCAGUCACGCUGUGUCGCCACUUGCGAGAUCCUAUCCAAACAGAGACUCUGAAAGUACCUUAGGAAGAAUCGUCAAGGUAACUCAGGAAGUGAUCGACUACCGGAGGUGGAUCAAGGAGAAAUGGGGCGGCAAGGCCCACCCAGCGCCGGACCCGGACAACAGAGUUAAGAUCAAAGAGCGAGUGAGCACGUGCGACGGGGAGCAGCCCCCGCGCCGAGACCCGGAGCCGCCCUACAGCCAGCGCCUGCCCCUGUCCCUGCCCAGCCCCCAGCUCCUGUCCUCGGGCUCCUCCGCGUCUUCCGUGUCUUCGCUUUCCGGGAGUGACAUCGAUUCCGACACGCCGCCCUGCACCGCGCCCGGCGUCUACCAGUUCAGUCUGCAGGCGCCCACGCCCCUGCUGGCCAGCCUGCCCGCCGCCUUGCCCCUGCCGGCCGGCAAACCGCAAUCCACUGCUUCUAGAACGUUGGUCAUGACGACGAACACUCAGACCAGGUUCACUAUGCCUCCGCCAGCCCUGGGGGUGGCCCCCGUGCCCUGCAGACAGGUUGGCGUCGAGGGGACUCCAGCGCUGAAGGCCGUGCACCACCUGUCUUCCCCGGCCGUGUCGCCCAACCCACUCUCCAGCCCUCACCUGUAUCACAAGCAGCACAGUGGCAUGAAGCUGUCCAUGAAAGGCUCUCACAGCCACAGCCAGGGUGGCAGCUACAGCUCUGUGGGCGGCGGAGGCGUGCGGCCCCCCGUGGGUAACCGGGGACAUCACCAGUAUAACCGCACCGGCUGGAGGAGGAAAAAACACACCCACACGAGGGACAGCCUGCCCGUCAGCCUCAGCAGGUAAUAGCGCGCGCGGGCGCCUCCCGCCCCCCACCCUCACAGACUGCGCCGUGGCCUCGGCCUGGCCGGGAACUGAGACCAGCAUCCAGCACGUCAGCCCGGGCUCUUGGAACGCCCGCCGCUGAUCACUCUGCAUGUCCCUCGUGUGGUGGUCACGUCCAUCGUAAAGAACACUCCUCGUGCGCAUCUGUGAAGCCUUACUCAACGCGGACGCUGCUUUCUGCCUUCCCAGGAGUUUUCCAGAAGCAGGUCUGGACCUGGAGCUGCAGGGAGUGACGUCGGCCUGGGCGUUGGUUUCUCGUAGCCGAAUCUGUCCCUUCGGUGGGGUAUUUUCAUUUCUGUUUGUCAGCCACAGAGAUCAGCCCGUCCUCGGCCGCUGCACAGCGGGGACGACAGGCGGUCACCCUCGUCUUACUGCCCUUGUAUUUUGUUUCAAAUUUCAGAACUGUUUUUUAUGUAAAUAUUGAAAACUUAUGAUUUGUGCAAUAACUCAGAUAUUUUUUAUUUAAUUUCAUAUUUUCACAUAAGUUAUAUUUAAAGGAGGAGGGAAUUUUUUUAAACAAGCUUAGGUCCUUUCCCGAGUUGCAUUUUCUAAGUUGGGUUCAUCGUGUCGCUGGUUGUCGGAGGAGCACUGUGGCAGACCGCACAGGGGCACGAGGGGCAUGGCUUUGCCUCCCACCAUCCUGGGCUGUGGCGGGGGACCGCUCCGUCCGUGGCCCAGGAGCCCAGUGGCUCCCCUGCCUUCUGACAAGCGGCCGGCCGGCUCUGCUGUCGCUGGUCUGUCAUCUCUGGCCACGGAGUUUUAACAUUUUGGUUUUGGUUCUUUUAAAGUAGACAACAAAUCCAGCAUUUAAAGUGCCAGAGUAUAACUUUCCAAGGGAAGAAGACGUGGUCACAUCAUAAAACCUUUUAAAAAAAAAGCAACGUGAACUUCUAAAUGCUUCCGUCAGUUUCAGUUAAGUAGCUCGUGACGAGGGGUCUGGUGAGUGUCGUCACGGACGAUGGUGCCCAGUUUUAGGAAUGUGGAGGAAGGAAUUGCGUUGAUUCCUGUGCGGAAUCUCUAGCCAUGUGCAUCCGUUCUGUUCAGAGCAAACCUAGGGGAAGCCUGCCCCUGCGAGGUGCGCUGAUAGCCCCAGGGGCGGCUGUCGCCGGCUGGGGGCACACGCGCGUGCCGUGCAGGUGUGCUCUGCCGGAAACACCUCUGUCUGCGUUGCCUUUUUUUUGAACAAGACUGUAUCCAUCCUGCCUAACCUGAGUGUUCAGAGCACCACGGUUGCCCUGGGAGUUAGCUGCAUCUCACGGGUCAUCUGCUGCCCCGCCCGUAAGCGGGGUCUGCCCCUGGUGGCACUGCAGGCAGCUUGGCCUCUAGGUCCGCUAGUGGAGAGUGUCGAGACGAGAAACUUGCAGUGGUGAUGCCUGGCCGACGGGCGGACGGGGGCGUUUUCGAGCGAGGCCCGAGUGUGAUGGCGGGGACGCGCUUUCAAGUGCCUCCGGCCUGGCUUUCCUUUUAAGCAGGACUGGCCCACGUUAGUUAGCACUGAGGGCUGCCAGCCGCCACCGCAGGUCCCCUGGGGGCAUUCCAGAAUAGAGUAGCACAUUCUGUCUGCAGUUCUUAUUGAUCGAAAGUUAUCAAAAAUAUUUAAAGAUAUUUAAAUUGUGAACCUAUUGAUAAAAACAUAUUUAUAAAAACUGAUACAUAGGCCUGUACUAAUCUUCACGCAUUAGCAAUACUGACUGUGACCCUGCAUCCAGGACACUGCUGCGGGGACCGUGGCGAGUGUCCCGUGGGUGUCCGUUUUAAAGCUCGAUUCACACGCACAGGCGCCGUGCCCCGCCCCGCCGUGGCGCACCGAAUGAAUUGGCCUGGCUGCCACUGUGGUCACACGCCCCCGGCGUGGCAGAGAAGCAUCAUGUUUCGAUUUUGUUUUGUGUGUGGACAACAAUGUGGAAGCUAAAAUUGACAUAUUUUUAUGUAAAGUUUUUCUAUUCUUUGAUUUUUAAUAAACUUUGGAAACCAGG